UGUGUGACUUUCGAAAGUAGUAUUGUUGUCUUGUACGAUUGUGAUGCUUGCGCUGAAAUUACAUUUAUAAUUUUUCUUUUUCACAUUCUUAUAAGCUUUUUAAUUGGGAAAAUCUCUCUGUUAUUGUUAAAUAAUGGAAGACAGUGAAAUAGAAAAGAAGAAAAUGAGUACGAAUAUUCAGAAUUCUAGUGCACAAAAUAGUAGAAGUAAUCAUAGCAUUCAAAACGGAGAAACACGACCAAAAAUUGGCGAACAUUAUCUUGUGCAACGAUCAGACGGUACCUGGCAUUCUGCUGAGGUAAUACAAAUAAGAGCUAGUGAACAAGGUGGUGACAGAUAUGAAUAUUAUGUACAUUAUCUUGGUUGCAAUCGUAGGCUUGAUGAAUGGGUGUUAAGCGACAGGUUUGAUUUAACUUCAGCUGGUAAAGAUAAUGGAAAAAUUGGUUAUAAUGCUUCCCAUCGGGGUGAUCAACCUGACAGAAAAAUUACACGAAACCAGAAAAGAAAACAUGAUGAAAUUAAUCAUGUUCAAAAGACUUAUGCAGAAAUGGAUCCAACUACUGCUGCUUUGGAAAAGGAGCAUGAAGCUAUUACAAAAGUGAAAUAUGUGGAUAAAAUACAAUUUGGAAAGUUUGAAAUUGACGCUUGGUAUUUCUCACCUUAUCCUGAAGAAUAUGGAAAGCAAUCUAAACUUUGGAUUUGUGAAUAUUGUUUAAAGUAUAUGAGACUGGUAAAAACCUACCGAUAUCACCAGGGAGAGUGCAUAGCUCGUCAACCACCUGGUAAGGAGAUCUAUUGUAAAGGGACAUUAUCUGUUUAUGAAGUUGAUGGAAAGGAUCACAAGCUAUAUUGCCAAAAUUUGUGUCUCCUUGCAAAGUUAUUUUUGGACCAUAAAACUCUUUACUUUGAUGUAGAACCUUUCCUCUUUUAUGUAUUGACUGAAACUGAUAAGCAUGGUUCCCAUCUUGUGGGUUAUUUUUCAAAAGAAAAAGAAUCUCCUGAUGGAAACAAUGUGGCUUGUAUACUUACACUCCCUCCAUAUCAACGAAAGGGAUAUGGAAAAUUCCUUAUUGCAUUUAGUUAUGAACUUUCUAAGAAAGAGCAACUUGUUGGCUCUCCUGAAAAACCAUUAUCUGAUUUGGGAAAAUUAACAUACAGAAGCUAUUGGUCAUGGGUUAUUUUAGAAAUACUGAAAAACCAAAGAGGUGCAUUGUCAGUAAAGGAACUAAGCAAAAUGACAAGCAUAACACAAUGUGACAUAAUCAGCACUCUACAAAGUUUGAACAUGAUAAAAUAUUGGAGAGGUCGGCAUGUAAUAUGUGUUACUGCCAAAAUGGUUGAAGAAAUGCUUCAGUGCUUUAACUGUAGGAGACCAAAAAUUACUGUUGAUGUCAGCCUUCUAAAAUGGACACCUCCUAAGAAACAGUCAAACUUCUGAAGUUAAAUAUGAAAAUUUAUGUAUUUUUCUACUUCUCAUUACAUCAUUGUAAUGGUUGUAGGUUUAUAUUACCAAAACCAACUUUAGAAAUUGUAAUUGUUUCUUAAUUUGUCAAAUACUUUUUCCCUUACAGCACCAAUAUUUCAAUGUAAUUGCACUGUUAUGUUGAGUUCAUACUUUCUUGAAAUAUUAAUUUCAGAAGUAUAACAUCACUUGUAAUGCUUGUUUAUACAUUUAUGCAAGAGUUCCAGAAAUGCAGAUUUAACUUUUUUCCCCCCUCAUUUUCAUCAAGUUUUCAUUGUCUUAUAUCAUUUUCUUUUUCAUCAUCAUUGCAUUGUCAUCUCUUUGGUGUUUUCUAUUAAUCUAAAAAUAUUUUAUAUUGAAAGUACACUUCUCUAUGUUAUAUUGCAUUCAGUUUAAAAUCUCAGAUCUAAGUCAACUGAAAUUUUAAAUGCAAACUCAAUUUCUUGUAGUAUCUAUACAGAGAUAUGGAUGAUACCAAUGCAUAUAUGUUAAGUACUAUGUUUAAAAUUAUUUGAAUCCCUAAGAAAAGAAACAGUGAUUUGGAAAUUUUAUGAAUACGGAAAAGCUUAAUAUUUAUUUGUUUACUUUAUUAAACAUUUCUUUCAAUGUAAGUUUUUUAAGUUGCUUCAUUUUUUUGUGCUAAUACUUUCUCUUUAAUUCUGUAGGCAGACAUAAGUUCUAGUUUAGUUACAUUGUUGAAGUCCUAUAAUUGUUGUGUGGAAAUUCCGGCUUACUUUUCAAUCGAAAUUUUUUCGUUUUCUGUAACCUCUCUGUCACUUUCUUCACUAUCGGUAGCAGUAUUUUCUGGAUCUAGAAACAUACUACAGAUUUUGCCAUCCAUUAAUUGACUGAUGAUUGAGG